UCGACAUUGGCCAGUUAGUGUCCUCCACCAUGGCCACAGCAGGAAUUUAAGGAUGCACCUUGACCACUCACAGACCACACCAGAGGGGUUCCAUCCAAAACAAACUGGGUUUGUCAUCGUCAGUUAUUGUGUGAAUCGAAGAGUCACUGUCGUGGUGCAACCAUAACCUGAUGAUUUGAAGGAUUAUAGUUUUUCUGUCAAAAAAGGACGCGGAUUAUCAAAUAUCUAUUAGAUUCAUUAUUUUCUUGGCCUUCAGUUUUUGUCUCACAACUUCAAUUGGAUUACUACGGAGAUUCCUAAUAUUUUCCUUUCUACGUGAACGUUUUGGAUUAUCGUCCCAACCUGAACCUGUCCUUCAACAUCAGACAGGUCUCCCUUCUUAUCUCAGCCCACAGGAACAACUUACAGGAGAUCAACCUGAUAAUAACUCACCGACGCACCCUGGAAAGGCCAAGCCGUACCUGUCUGUCUAAUACAACAACCUUUGCAUAACCUACUCCUAUGAAUUGUAGUAGUCCACCUUAUUUUUUGGCCCAGAACUUUCCUUCUUUGAACCUACCAAUAUUCUUUCCUCAUCCUUCACUGCUAUCUCUCUCUACCUGAUUAUCUCAACAUCUCCUCCUUCUGUCCUUUUCUCUAUCCUCUCGCACUUUCUCUCUCUGUGUGCUGUGUUGGUUGUUGUGAGCACCAGCCAUGGUGCUGCUGAAGCUGCAGUUCCCCCUGCAGAGGCGUGUGCGUCUGGCCCAGGGUCUGUGGCUGCUGUCCUGGCUGGCCGUGCUGGCUGGGGCCUUCACCUUCUCCCUGGGAGUGUACCUCAAGACCGAGCUGCUCCGCAGGGCAGAGGUGAUGGACAACACAGAGAUCCACGUGGUGCCUAACAUCUUGAUGCUGGUGGGCUUGGUAACCAUGGGGAUCAACCUGUUUGCUGGGCGGGUGUGUCAGGACUCCCUGGACUCUGCCCGAUUCCCUCCCUGGAAGCCCUUCCUGCUGCCCUGGUAUGGCCUGGCCUGGAUGGUGUGUGUCUGGUUGCUGUCUGCUGUGGUGCUCAGCUAUGCCCUGCAGGGAAACCUCGAGGAGUCACUCAAGGUGGGCCUGAGGAACGGUAUCCGGUUCUACCGGGACACGGACGUCCCGGGCCGCUGUUUCCAGAAGGAGACCAUCGACAGGCUGCAAAUGGAACUGCGUUGCUGCGGCAACACCAACUACAGAGACUGGUUCGAGGUGCAGUGGAUCAGCAACAGAUACCUGGACUUCACCUCUAAAGAAGUCAAAGAUCGUGUGCGUAGCAACGUGGACGGUCGUUACCUGAUGGAUGGAGUCCCCUUCAGCUGCUGUAACCCCGGCUCCCCUCGGCCCUGUCUCCAGAACCACCUGACUGACAACACUGCCCACUACAACUAUGAGCACCAGAGUGAGGAGCUGAACCUGUACACCCGCGGCUGCAGACAGGCGCUGGUCGACUACUACAUGGGCCUCAUGAACACCAUCGGCCCCGGGAUUCUGUCGGUCAUCUCCGUGCAGAUAUCAGUGUUGGUGAGCCUGCGGUACCUGCACACGUCUCUGGAGGGCGUGGACCCGGAGAACCCCGAAGCUGACAGCGAGGGCUACAUCCUGGCGAAGGGGGUUAAGGAGACCCUGAUGGAUGUCAAGACCACUGUGUUCAAACUGCUGCAGUUCGGACAGGUGGAGGCAGGUGACGAGGCAGAAGCUGGGGCGGACGGCGAGAAGGCAGCCACGUCCAGCUAGAUGAAAGAUAAUAUGUAACAAUAUAUGGGUUUGAGAAGGGGAUUGAGGCUGUAUUGUCAUGUGACCUCAUGAUGGUCUUGCCUGUGACCAGGCUAAUGUUUGGCUAGCUAGCGCUCUGUGUUGGGUUUGACACAGGCACUGAUCUUUUUGGCUUGAUUUAUACUGCAACAAUGGAUGAGCACUAAAAUACAUAGGGAAUCUUAUGUUAUCAUUAAUCUUAUUUUAUCAUGCUCCGCACAGACUAGACAUGACAAGUUCUAACAAUCCAUAGUUUUUUUUUUUAACUUGACAGAAUUUGGAAUGAUAAUCUUUAAAACAAUGUUGAGUCCUGUUGCUCCUGAUGGACAAUACAUCAAGUAUUGCGGGGGAGGGUGAUGGUUCAUGUGGUCAAGAACAAACAAAGUCAAACUACUGAAAAGCACCCAAGAACACACACAUACAUUUUGUAAAUAUUCAAAAACAAUAUUCACAUACUGGUACAUGAGUAAAUGAAAAAUCACACACACGGAAAUAAACUGAUGUUCUGAUUUUGGAUUUGGAUCAGACAAAAUCUAAAACACACAGGUAAUAACGUAAAAAUACAAACAUUCACCCAGUGUGAAGAAGGCCUACAGUCAAUUGAAUACUGGCCUGGCUAUAGAGUUUGUUAACCCACUGCUAAGUAACAUGUGAAAUUGGCAUCUGGCAUUGAAUAUAUUAAAGUUAGUUGCUUUUAAUGGA